AUGAAAAAGAGGACAGGCAGAGAGAGACGGGACGACAAAGUCAAACGGACUAAACAUAGGCCAUCUAUCUACUCUACCUCGCGCCCGCCCACGCCUCCUCCCUGGCACCCAUCCACCACACAGCCGUGCCGCGUCGCAAGCCGGAAAUCUCUUCUCUCCUACACGGGUGCGCACACAUCUGCGGCCCUCGGUAAUUGA